AUGCGCAUGGUGGACAUGUUCCAGCGGAAAGAACUGCAGCCCAAGCAAUGGGACCAUCUGCGUUAUACAGCCGAGGAGCUCUGCGCCGAUGUGAAUUUCAUGGAGGGAGUUUUCACGCGGCUCGUCGAUACCAAACGCCCCCCGAGUACGAAGGAACGUCUCAUAACGCUCAAACAACUGUCCAGGAUCGUCACCCCGGAAAACUCUCUGAGACUUUGCGUCAAGACUCACUCUCGCAGACAGGUCAUGUUCGCUCUCGAGUUCCUUUCGCGAGAGAAAUCUCUGCGACAGAAUGUCAUUGCCGUCUUGAGCAAAAUGUUCGAGGAUCUUGAUCUUUUAGUGGAGCUCGACAACAAAGACAUGGUUUUCGCCAAGAAAGUUCACGUUUUCAACACCGCGAUAAGUUUCUGCGAUAUGUCGAGCGUGAUCAACCUCGCCAACAGUCUCCUCAAGACUUCUUGGGCAGGCAUCGGUUCGACGCUCGGCUUGGCUCUCAUUGGGCGGCUGGUAGAGCGAGCGGAUUCCCUGGACUACAAGGCUGAUCCCCGUUGGCUGGAGGAUUGUCUCCCUGGAUUGGGCUAUCAUGUGUUGCUUGUGAAGGACGUGGAGGCUGCUUAUCGCAUCUUGGACGUGAAAUGCGUAAAGCACUUGAUCAAGAACCUGAGCAUUGAACACGAAAUGUUCAAGGGUGCCAAAAAUUGAAACCUGAAUGAUUUCCCCGGCGUCCUUGGGCGCUCUUCCGUGGGGGGUCUCAUCAAACUCACAAACGAUUUCUUCUCGACGAAACUAUCAGUGGAGAGAUGUCCGGAAAAAUAUUCGGAUUCUACUUUUGAAAUGUUCCGCUCCGAUUUACAACCUAGCAUCGGAAAAUUUUGUGAAGAGCGGCCCCGGAAUAUUCCGAGACGUUGUGACACAACGACAAAUCUACAACGUA